GUGGCGCAACCCGACCUGCGCCUCCAUCAUAUCCAUCCCGUUGCUCACCCUACACGUGGAGCUGCCUGCCUUGUUUUAUCUGUGCCUCACCCUGGCUAGGGUUUAGCCGCCUCGCGGUGUAUGGUAACGGCGGCGGCCAUGGCGCGUAUGGUGCAGCUGGUGGUGUGUAGAGGUGUCAGUGAGGCGGAGGAUUGCAAUCCCUGCAGCAAGUUGUUGAGAGUUGCACACCUGCACUGACGCCCUCCCCACCCGCCACCACCACAGUCUUGUAAAACACUUUCUCCUGCGAACUAUACACAGGUCACGCCCAUUACUGAAGUAAUUAUAUUUCACGUGAUAAGUGAGUGAUAUAUGCCAGUGUAUAUGUAAAUACAAGAGAAGGAUUGACAGUUUAUGGUGACAUUUUGUGUCAAGUUUGUGCUGGCGUCCGUUACUCGUCCCUGAACCUCACACUUCUUAUUCUACACCGAUUUUACCAUCACCAUCCUACAGUUUUCUUGGGGGAAUAUCGAGAGUCUUGCAGCAGUGAUCUUGCUACCAUCUCUUACCAUCACUCAAAAGUUUACCUAGCUACCAUUUUUCCACGCGAGGAGCCUGAGUGGAGCCCCGUGUGCUCCUCACCUGAGCAGUGAUGUAGAGAAGGAAGGGUGAGAGAGAAGGUAGAGUGAAGGUAGACAAGGUAGAGUGAAGGUAGACAAGGUAGAAGAUAAGAGCAGCAGCAGCAGCAGCAGCUGGCACAACAUUAUUGGAACAUGUUGAUGUUUGUGACGUAGAUAUUGUAUCUGUAAACAAAAUGGCCAAGUUAUCUAGCGAGGAGAGGGCGCUCUUCCCUCUCAGUAACAUUGAGGCUGUGGUCAAGCUCUUCAGACUCCACCUGCAGAAGAACAGCGAGCCUAACUUAGCCAUCUUGUCCAUAAUCGUGGGACAUAUUGAGAAUACCCUGACAUGUGCGCGGGGAGUGAGUGAACCACCAGUGGGCUACGAGGACGAGUGCUCCAGCAAGUACUCUGACACACACAGAGUACUGCCCUUGGUCGAGUACGAGACCGUGGAGGCCUUGCACCAUCGUUUCCUAGCCAUUAUCAAGGCCCAUGUGGAUGUGACAGCCUUUGGCACCCCGAGAUAUGCCACCAGAGAGCUGGUAAAGCGAAUAUCAGACGUGGUGUGGUGUACAUUAUCCAGCAGUUACUACAAGGACAGAGCACAUCUCCAGUCCAUCUACAGCUACAUGACAGGUGCCAAACUUGACAGCUCGGGUACGACACUAGCAGUAGUAGCAGCUUGUCAGGCACUUGGUUACUGUGAUGUUCACCUGGCACUCUCAGAAGACCAUACCUGGGUGGUGUUUGGGGACAAAGGCCAGCACACGGUUGAAGUAACAUGGCAUGGUAAAGGUAAUGAAGAUAAAAGAGGCAUACCUGUGACGCAUGAUGUCUAUAGCAAGUCCUGGCUCUAUGUCAAUGGGCAUCCUGUUGUGUGUGACAGACACAUGGAGGUAGCCACAAUAGUUUCAAACAUGAACCCUGGCAUCAAUGCCACCACUGACUCAGAGGAAGUGAUGCUACUACAACAAGCACUGCUUUGGAUGCUCUAUGAUGCUGGUCAUCUUGCCAAGUAUCCCAUGGCUAUUGACAACUUGGGUGACCUAGAAGAAAUGAUGCCAACCAAAGGACGUUGUCCAGCUACUAAGAUGUAUGAAGAAGCCAUAACUAGUGCAGUCCGUUACUACGAGAACCAGCAUGUCUACCCGUAUACUUAUCUUGGAGGAUAUUGCUACAGAAAUAAGCUAUAUAAACAGGCACUCAAGUAUUGGGCCAGAGCUGCUUCUGUUAUCAGAAAUUAUAAUUAUUCAAGAGAUGAUGAAGAAAUCUACAAGGAGUUCUUGGAAAUUGCAAAUGAGCUAAUCCCUCACAUUAUGAGAGUUGUCAGCUCUGGGAUCUCAGCCAGAUCCAUACUGAAAGACCCAGAAUGUUUUGGAUACUUGUUAGAGUUUUAUGAUGGGAUCUGUGAGUGGGAGGAAGGAUCAGCCACACCUGUACUACAUAUUGGUUGGGCUAAGGCACUUUUCAAUACUAUUGCAAAGUUUGAUGCCCAUGUCAGGUCACAUGUCAAAAUCUCCUGCAUUGAUCCAGAUUCCACAGACAUUAGUGAAGUGCAGGAUCCUCCUGCACUGGAUAAGACAGCAGCAGAGGCCAGGACUUCACAAGAUCAGAAUGGGAACAUGGCUUCUGAUUGUAUUAAUAUUGCUGAAGAGGAUAUUGAUCCCAGUGAGAUGAUGCACCGUUGGCCACCUGUGAAACUGGCAUCAGCUAAGAUGCGUGGAUUGAGGGACUUGCUUCUUGCUGAUAAACUCAAUUCACAGGCAAUUUCACUACAGUUAACAGCACAGUCACAGGUGACGAUGACGAAAAAGAGAGGUGUAGGCGAGGUGGAGACUCCACAUGCUGGCCGAUCCAAAAGAGCGCGAAGAGAAUAAACUUUUACAGGUUUAUUGUACAUUGUACAAUAAUAUUGUACAAUGCAUUGGUAAGGUUGAAGAACAAAGUCUACAAAGGUGACUUGGCCAUACUGUGAAAUUUUGGUGUACUGUACAGGGAUAAAAUGAUGCUAUACCAUACAAUGGUAUAUUUUUUAGUACACCAAAGAAAGAGGUAUACAGUGAGAUACAUGGGAUUAAACCUUCCUCGUCCUAGUGGUUUUGUGUUACCAUGUGUGAAAAUUUAUGGAGUUUAAAUUUCAGGGUGAUGUUACACUUUCAAGUCAGCAAUUUGGUUAAUUUAAAAUCUAUGAGGCUGCCCUGCUUGAAGAACCAAGAGGGAUGCUGAUAUUUGUGGAAAUAAUAAUGUAGAUGACUUGGAGACAAAGGGAGUAAUGUUUGUGUUCCAUGUAUUUCUUGCUUUGCAUUUCCUGGGUACAAACAUACUAGCAAGUUUUGUGGAAAAUUAUUUAUAAAAGUGGCUGCUUUCUAAAGGUCAUUCAUCAGUUCUGUCAUUGAGUGCAAUUGAUACAAUUUUUCUUUGAUUUAAGAAACAUUAUUUUAUUUUCCUAAGAAAUUAAUCAUAGCUAGUAUAGUAUAUGCUUAAUAUUUUGUCAGUAUCAAGCAAUGAUUGUGACUUGGUCACUUUUAGAAGACAGCCUGUGAGUGGCUUAAAGUAGAUUUCUAGGUGAUUUUUAAAAGUGAUCAGUGUGUUGCUUUGAACACACGCAUCACGUGUUGGGUAGAGUAUCCACGGUGAUAGUCAAAAUUAGAUUUUAUUUUUAAUGUCUUUACCAAAGUCUUAAAUUUCCUUUUUAUUUGGAAAAUAAUGAUUUUAUACAAAUUUUAUGUAGAGAUUUAGAUGGCAUUUCCUAUAUGAGAAAUGUGCCCCAGUUGGUUAAGGAUAGUGAUACGUAUUUAUUUUAAGAACCUGAAAAGAUGAAUGUCGAGUAGUUUUUCCAGAAUCCAAAGGAAUGGCUAUUGAGCAAUUUUUUGUUUGUUGUUCCAAUAGGAAUCAAAGAUUAUUUUUUAAAUGAUGUUUAUGAAUAUGAUGAUUGUUAACUACAUGUAAUUGUAGUAUCUUUUUUUUAUCAUAGGUACCAGACCAUACAACUCUUGCUUGGAAGAAAUGUUGCUCUACAUUAAUCAAUAUUUCUGUAAAGCACAAACAAUUUAUUAAUGACAUGGGUGUUCCUUUACUGUAUAAUUCUCUUAGGAACUUUUGAAACCUACCAUGUAAUAAGCAACCACAUCGUUGGGAAUGAUGACAACGCUUCUGGUUGCAGUGAUGAUUGGUUCCCUUUUGCGCACCACAUGUAGCGCUAUGGGUGGAGGCUAGUAAUGGGAGGCAAGUUUUAAUACCUCUUCCUAUUUGUGUCCAGUCUUAGUAGCCUGUGAUGAUUUACACGCAAAAGUUUGUGUAUGUCAAGUUUCAGGGGAAUUUUAUUGAUUUAAGGUGCUGGUAUAAGUACAAUUGUCUUUGCAAAAAAAAAGUGGUAUUGAUAAAACUAUGUGGAUUCCUACACGUUGCUUGCUAGAUAUUAUACGUUAGAGAUUUAAGCGUGUGUAUGUAAGAGUACACAUUGUUAUGUUUGAUUCUAGGAUAUUCUAUUGAUCCUAUAUUACAUGAUGCGUUCACUUUGCAUUGGCAUGUAGAUUAAUUUAUUUGUAAAUACAGUAACUUUUUUUCCCUGUUCAUUACUGGCAAUAAUCAUAUCAUAUUUUGUUGAUAACUUUUGCAAAGUUGAUUUGGCUUUCCCUGUUCGGAUAUUUUGACAAAAAUUUAUAUGUAUAUAUAUA